AUGGCAAAUAAGACUGCCAACCAUCCCGCCAUUCUAGAAUGGGAAAAUCGCAUGAAAGAUCUACAGCUGGACGGUAUCAAACCGCGCUGUCGGCUGCCGGAUUAUAUGAUUUGUCCGUCUCCAGGUUGUGGUGUUGAGUUCCAUGGCAACGGUGCAUGGGACGAUCGUAUGGAGCACGUAGCGCGACAUCUCGAGGGUGCUGCCGCCGGCCGCGAGGCGCUGGUUUUCUUUGGCGGCAAGUCCGAUCCCACAUUGACCAACUGGGCCACGCGGCCCGAGGUAGGAAUUGCUAAGAGGGUCGGGCCGGACGCGUGGCAGUUGGAUAAUCCGCUCCGGCCCGAGAUUCGGGAGUGGACUGGGAACGAUCACGAUAUCGUCGGCAUCUCACCUAGGCUCCUUGCUGAAGAGAGGAUCCUGCCUUCAAGCGAGCCUUCUCAACAAGACGAAGGUGGCGGGGAUAAUGACAAAGCAGAGCAUCGCGACUCGUCGUCCGACAAUAGGAGUAGCCGGGAAAGAUCCAAGUCGGUAAUCGAGGUUGCUGGACCACAGUCGCCGAUCAGAGGUGACAACACGGAUCCCGAGCCUGAUCAACUAAGCGACCCUGGUCGCGCGCCCGAAGACAAAGUCACAAAGGAUGAUGGUAUCUCGAACCCCCAAAUGGCACCCGAGGAACAGCUCCGGCACUCUAUAGAAGCCAGCAGUCCAUCCAUUGUCGCUAGCUAG